AUGAAGUUCAAGGCCUCCUUCACCGACGACGGCAUCUCCCUCCUCGACAAGCGGUUCCUCCCGGCGCUGGACAAGGUGGGGCGCGUCUGCCACGUCUACCUCACGCCGACGCACGCCAUGCUCCUCCACAACCUGCUCGGCUCCGCGGGGCCCGACGGCGACGGGCCGCAGUGCGUCGCGCAGUUCGCCAAGGACCUCCUCUUCCGCGACUACAGCGUCUCGUCGCGGGACGCCAACCGCGUCGCCUUCUCCGUCGACGUCGCGCUGCUCCAGCGCGCCCUCCGCAGCGCGCUCGCCGUCCACGCGCAGUGGCCCGCUGCCGGGGACGCGCCCGCGCCCGCGAUCCAGGUGAAGCUCGUCAACAAGCAGACCGCCGGGUCCCGCUCCGCUGCCCCGUUCCUCACCUUCGAGACCAAGGGCGCUCGCUCCGCGGUCGUGCAGGACGUGCCCAUCUCCAAGCCGCUGUCGCGCUCCGAUGUUGCGCGCUUGCAGGAGGCCCUUGACGCCGCCCAAGAGCUUCCUGAGACUCUUGUCCAGGUUCCAGACCUCCCACAGUUACAGAACUUGGUGGAUCGUCUAAAAAAUAUUGGUGAUCUGUUGACUGUCAAUGUUACCCAAUAUGGUGAUCUCCAUCUACAAGUUUCCACUUCGCUUGUUACAGUUGGUUCAGAAUUCAAAAGGCUUCGGAUUCUUGGUGUUCGUGCAAAUGCACCUGUUGGUGACCAAAAUGUGAGUGCUACCACUCGUAUGGAAAUGGCGGUCGAGAGAGGGGAAGCACUCUCAGUGCAAGUGAGCAUGAAGCACCUAGUUAAGAGCCUGCAAUGUCAUUUGGCCAAACCAGACUGUACCUUCUACGGUAUUGCUCCUAAUGGUGCUUGCUUGACAGUAAUAUUCCAGUAUUUCAUUCCAGGAACACGGGUGACAGACAAAUCCAUUAGCUUUUACUGUAGGCUUCCAGUCCUUGACCCUGGCACCAAUUAAAGUAAAAUAUGUCACGGCAUGAUAUUUGCUUCUGAUAUCAGAAAACAAG